UUUUCUAUAAGUAUUUGUUGAAUUUUACUGUAUUUUUUUAUUCGUAAUCUUAAUUUGGAAGAGUUCUCGAGAGGCUGCAAUUAUGGAAACUGCUCAAACCUUAUACCUUAACCUCUUCGGUGAAGAUAAGAGUCACGUUUUGAAAGAACUGCUGCAUGCAUGCGUGGACGAAAUAUGCGGUAAACCAGGCCCAACUUACCAUAAAUUUGUAAAUAGCAUGGAUUGGAGUAGAGAAGAGUACGAAGGAUCGUAUAAAUUAAUAUCGAUGCUUUUAAGGAAUCCAGCUUCGUUGUACUUAACAGAGGAAAAGAUGCCACAGGAAUAUCACGAAUUGCCAGAACACAUUCAACAGAAUAUACUGACAUGUUUGAAAGUAAGAAGGGAGCAAUUAACGGAUGCUUUGUUGAUAGAAUACUCCAAAGAAAUGAAUGAAACAGUAACUGAUUUUGAUUGGAGGUUAAAGCUUGUAAUGGGUUCUAGUAAACUAGCUUCUAUAAGAGAACCCCUUCUUCAACUAGAUCUCACUGUUGAAAACAAGGUAUCUAAAAGGCGUAUUUUAGGUUUAGAAUUAAACAAGGACGAAUUGGACAUGUUGAUAAAUGCUAUGGAAAGCAUCGUGCAAUAA